AUGCCUUACCCUAACGCCCUCCCCUGCAUGGCGCGGGCGACUUUGGACCUGCUCUCUCUGGACAUGAAGGAUCUGGUCAAGAAGAUUCAGGCCCUCAGCCACCUGGGAAUCGAGGACAGCAAGAUCGCACUUCCCAAAAUCUGCGUGGUUGGCGGCCAGAGUGCCGGGAAGAGCUCUCUUAUCGAGGGCAUUUCUGAGAUCAGGGUCCCUCGAAGCGCCGGAACCUGCACUCGCUGCCCGCUUGAAAUCAACCUGUCUGAGAGCGAGCCCGGCCAGCCAUGGAAAUGUGAUGUUUAUCUCUCGCAGCGGUACUUCUAUGACCCUGAUCGAAAGUUGACCAAGCUCCCCCGCCGCUCUGAGCCAUUGGGCCCCUGGACCCUGAUGGGUGGUGCUCAGGAAGAUAUACUCUUUGUUACCCUGUCAGACAAGGGUGAGGUUGAGGAUGCUCUGGUGUGGGCGCAGCUGGCCACCUUGAACCCUAGCAGCGACUCUCUUGAUUACGCUCCCGGUCGCAAUGAGAAUACAUCUCGAGAGAUUCUAGUCAAGUUCUCGCCAAAUGUUAUUCGCUUGGACAUCUCCUCUCCUGGAUUCCCGAAUUUGUCGUUCUACGAUCUCCCUGGCGUGAUCAGCCAGCCCGAGCAUGACGGCGAAGAGUAUCUCGUCAAGCUUGUUGAGAACCUAGUCAAACAAUACGUGUCUCAGGAGAACUGCAUUGUUUUGCUAGCGGUUACCAUGACCGAUGAUGCCACCAAUUCUAGCGCAGCCCGACUGGUUCGUGAAAUUCGCGGCGCCAACGACCGCACUCUCGGUGUGUUAACCAAGCCAGACCAAGUGCCGCCGGGCGGUGAUAGCUUUCAGCAGUGGACGGAAAUUCUCGCGGGUCUGAAGUUCAAGGUUGGAUAUGGGUAUUUUGUCGUGCGUAACAACCCUAACCCUGCGGUAGGACACGCACAGGCGCGUGUGGAAGAAGAGCUGUUCUUCGCCGAUGGCCUGUGGGCUCAGGAUCUCUACAUGUAUCGGCACCGGUUCGGCACCAAGAAGCUUCAGUCUGCGCUGUCCGAUCUGCUUUUGAAGCAGAUCAAGAAGUGUCUGCCUUCAAUAAUUGCGAAGAUCAGGGAUAAAGAAGCCACCAUCGAUACAGAGCUGAGCACUCUGCCUGCUUGCAUAAUUGAAAAUGUACAGAGCAUCAUCUACCAAAAGCGAUGCGAGCUUCUGGAGAAGCUUCGUGCGAAUGUUGAUGGCGGAAGCGGCAUUUCGGAGUACUCUUUGCAGAAGCGUUGGAACCAGGUUGUCAACGAUUUCCAACGGGCACUUGUCAAAACUCGUCCCACCGUGCUUUUGCCCGCGAUCUCUGACAAGGAAUCUCUGACCCAGGACUCUGACUGCGUCAUUCUGGACGGCCCGGGUCCAACCCCGAAGAAGCGCAAGGUCUCCAUGCCCCAGCCUCGAUCACCAGAAGCAAACCCCUCGCCUGCAGUCAAUGUCCUUAUGUCGGGCUACGAACUGUCGUAUUUCAGCCCAUGGGAUGGCCCGGCAAAGAAAUUCACUUGGGAGGGUAUCAGGGACAUCAAGGACGACUUUUGCUCUGCUGGUAUGCCGAACCAAAUUGACCCUCGCGCCAUUGAAACACUGCAGCGUGUCAGUAUCGAACACUGGGAGGGUUUGAUGCAGCGGUUCGUUGAUGCCACCAAUACGGAAGUCCAGAAGGCGCUGCUGGAUAUGGUCGAAGAAGUGUUUAAUGAUUACCAUCAGACCGGCCUGUACCGGGAAGUCAAAAGCACGAUCAUCAGUUACUUGGCCCAGCUCAAAUGUGAGCACUUGGCCUACGGACGCGAGGUCUACAAGAUGGAGAACGGCAAGCCUUUCACUCGGGCUAUCGACCAGCUCAACAAGGCUCAGAAAGCGGCAUUGAAGGAGCUCACUCGCGCCCGCUUUCUCGCCCGUGGCAAGGGUUACCUCGAGCUCCGCGGAUACCAGUUUAGCUCGAUCAAUGAGGCUAGUCCAGUGGUGAACAGCAAGCUUUCCAUCGAAGAUCUUGGUCCGGACCCAUUUGCACAGGAGGUGGAAAUGAUGGCGAGAGCUCGCGCGUAUUACGACGUUGCUAGCUCCAGAUUCCUCGACGUCGUCGGACAAUCGGUGCAUAUGAAGCUAUUCUCCAAGUGUCGCAAUGAGCUCGUGGGUGCUAUUGACGCCCAGCUGAAGAUCUUCGGCCCGAAUUCCUUCGAUCGUUGCCUGGAGCUCAUGGCAGAAGAUCCAGAGCGCCAGCACCGUCGCAACUAUCUGCAGAAGGAGCACGAGAAGGUCAAGAAGGCACUUGCAUGGCUGGAUACCUUCCACAAUACGGAGGACGAAGACACGGACAACACUCUGUUUGUGGAGCAGGGUGAUUACAAGAUGGAUUAUCUGGAAUAA